AUGCUCAAAAUGUCCCGGCACAUGUUUUUGUAUUCGGUGCAGCUCCUUUUCUGCGUGCUGUUGGUGUGCUGCGGCGGUACGGCUGUGUACGGUGAGGAGGGAAAUACGCCAAAGGAAGCGCAAACACCAGAGGCUGUUGAUCUUUUUGUGCCGCGUCAAACGAUUGUGGGAACAAGUGCCGGAAGUGGAACGAGGGUCUUCUUUGUCUCACCUUCUCUCGUCAGUGCUGGUGGAGUUUUGGUUGCGCUUGCCAAAAGCCAGGGCAGACCUGUAUCCUCCGAUAAAUAUCGUACUUCGAUCGUUUAUGCUGAUGUUGUGACGGGGUACAUUGACCCUGCGGAGAACUGGUCGUCUUUUGUUGCUGAGGUGAGUGCAAACGAAUGGAAGGCGUACAGCAUCUUUAACACGACCAUGCGUCAGGAGUAUAUGUCCCGUGUGACAUACGAGGUCCGACCCACAACAAUUGCAAAGGGUAACAAGGUUUUUCUACUUGCGGGAGACUAUCAUCAGAAGUAUGAUCCUUCAUCGAAGAAGUGGACUGCAUCCUCACAGGGUCUUGAUUUGCUCGUGGGUGAGGCCACGCAAGAUAAAGUCAUCCAAUGGGGCGAACCCACCUCGCUUGUACCACAGAUCAAACCAUCUGCUAAACAACGUGGCCUGGAGCAGUUUGUUGGUGGUGGUGGCUCGGGCGUUGUGAUGGAGGAUGGCACGCUUGUGUUUCCUGUGACGGCGAGGAUGACAGGAGACAACGACAUUGUCUCCAUGAUUAUUUAUUCGAAGGACGACGGCAAAAAUUGGGUGCUUCCACAGGGGACGGUUUCUGGACGGUGCAUUGCCCCCCUCAUCGUUGAGUGGGAGCAGGGGCAGCUUCUCAUGGUUGCCAAAUGCUAUUCGCUCUCCAAGCUGUUCGAGUCGAGGGACAUGGGGGCAACGUGGAGGGAGGCUGUCAGGACACUCACACGUGUUCAGCCCAUGUUGUUACCAGACGCUUCGCGGACACUUGAAGGAGUGGGGUCCCUCACCACUGCCAUCAUUGCUGGAAAGAAGGUCAUGCUGUACACUCAGAAAGGGAUUCCCCCUGGGGAGAUGGCGCGAGCCACCGCGCUCUACCUUUGGGUCACUGACAACAACCGCACGUUUCACCUCGGGCCCAUUUCCAUGGAUACUACAGAGAAGUGGACGUCUGCCAACACCCUGCUGCAUUCGAAAGAUGCGUUGUACUUUUUACAAGAGAGGGUCAGUACAGCGACCAAGGGCGUGUCUCUAGCUCCCCUAACGGAACAGCUGAAGACGAUUACGUCAGUCUUGGAGACUUGGGCAAAACUGGACUCCUACUUCUCCAUGUCGUCUGUGCCCACGGUCGGUCUGGUUGGAUUCUUGUCGGAUGCAUCGGGUGAUGCAACUUGGAAAGACGCGUACCACUGCGUGAAUGCAAUUGUGACGAAUGCAAAGAAGGUCGAAAAUGGCUUUAAGUUCACGGGGUCCGAGUCAUACGCCAUGUGGCCUGUGAACAUGUGGAAGCAUCAAUAUGUGCACAGCUUUAUGGAUUAUGAGUUCACGCUUGUGGCGACGGUGACCAUCGAUGAGGUUCCGAAUGAGAGCGUUCCUCUGCUGGGCGCGGGCCUGGAGGACAAUGAAAACACAAAGUUUGUGGGGCUGUUGUACACAACGGAGAAACGGUGGGGGACAGUCUUCAACGGCAUGACAACAACAACACACAACAGCACUUGGGAGCCGGGGAAGAAGUACAAAGUGGCGCUCAUGCUGGAGGGUAACAAGGGCUCCGUGUACGUGGACGGCGUGCUUGUGGGGAAUACUAACAAACUACCAAUUCUUGAGGAACGGGGUUACCAAAUCGCAGACUUUUACUUUGGUGGCGGCAAAGACAGCAGUGUGACAGUAAAGAACGUUUUUUUGUACAACCGACCACUGAAUGUCAUGGAACUUAAAGCGGUUGACAGCUACGUUGCAUCUGGAGAACGUCCAAGUGAAAGCCCCAAUGCGUCUGAGCAACGUACAGUUAACAGCUUUAAUGCGUCUGAGGAGGGUGCAGAUGAGAGCUCCGAUGCCUCUGAGCAACGUACAGUUAACAGCUUUAAUGCGUCUGAGGAGGGUGCAGGUGAGAGCUCCGAUGCCUCUGAGCAACGUACAGUUAACAGCUUUAAUGCGUCUGAGGAGGGUG